ACAUCUGUGUCUGUCUUGACGACGACUAAAAACACGCUUAUCUCAUAUAAGAAAAAAAUGGCCAUCGUUGACGAUACACCACCACCUCCGUCGUCAGACACCACCAACACAUCCACCACCGGCAACAAUAGCAAAGUAUGGGGCUUAUUUAAGAUUCCUUUCCGUACAACAAAUACUACUAAUAAUAAUAAUACACACACAACUUCUUCUUCAUCUUCUUCAUUAUAUCAAAUUGAAGGACCCAAUAACAACAACUAUCAUAUGAAUUCUCAAAAUAAUCAUAAUAUUAAUAAUAAUAAUAAUAGCACUUCUUCCUCGGUUUCAUCUGUUGCUAGAUCUCUUCUUCCUACACGACGUCGUUUACGCCUUGAUCCACGAAAUAAGCUUUAUUUUCCAUAUGAACCUGGGAAGCAAGUCCAGAGUGCUAUCAAAAUAAAGAACACGAGCAAGUCUCAUGUAGCUUUCAAGUUUCAAACAACUGCUCCAAAAAGUUGCUUCAUGCGUCCUCCUGGUGCUAUUCUUGCUCCUGGCGAGACCAUUAUUGCUACUGUUUUCAAGUUUGUGGAGCCUCCAGAGAACAAUGAAAGACCUGCGGAUCAAAAGAGGAAAGUGAAAUUCAAGAUCAUGAGUCUGAAAGUAAAAGGGAUGAUGGACUACGUACCUGAGCUAUUUGAUGAGCAGAAAGAUCAAGUGGCAGUGGAACAGAUAUUGCAGGUUGUUUUUCUAGAUGUGGAACAUCCUAGCCCAGCACUCGAAAAACUGAAGCUGCGGUUAGCUGAGGCAGAGGCUGCUCUUGAAUCUCGCAAGAAACCUCCAGAGGAAAUUGGGACAAAGAUUGUCGGUGAAGGCCUUGUCAUAGAUGAAUGGAAAGAGAGAAGAGAGAGAUACCUGGCUCGACAACAAGUUGAAGGCGUGGACUCUGUUUAAUAACAACAAAGGUUGGUUCUUUCAUCAAUCAUACAACCGAUCUUUUAAGUUCAUUUUGUAUCAUUCUAUGCCUCAGAAAAUUAAUCCGUGCACAAAAGAGUUGGGCAGAAGACAAUUGUGUAUCAUGUUUUCAAUGUAAAAAGCUUUCGUGAGUUGUAUCUGUAACUUGAGAGGUAAAUUAUCGUACAUUACUAGACAUUCCACUUGUUGCUAGAUGCUUGUAUGCGGUACAAGUCAAGACUGAACAAAGGUGCCGUCAAGACUUGCACCCAUCUGUUUCUGCAUCAUUAAAUCUAAGAUUUCGUGUUUAUGUUUUCUUUUC